CACACCAACCUAUGGAAGUGGCGACCUUCAAGGUUAUGACGUCAGUCCGGGGACCUGCCAUGGUCUGUGCCUGAAUUACGUAAUACAAACCCAAUCCACGAUGGUUUGCGUUGCUCUUCCUUGAGAUCAUCUUGAUCGAGCGAAACCAUGAGUGAAAUGGUUGUGGAGGAUUUUCAAUAUUUAUUGGAUCGAGUGGCUCGACCGCGGGAGUUGUCUCCGGAUCACUUGAUCAAACUAUGUGAAGCUUUUAAAAUUGAGCGUCGUCCACGGGAAGACAUUCGAUCGCUGACUGAUUUGCUCCACACCUUGGAGAGCCGAUUGCUGCUCCAUCCAUCCGAGAGUUCCAAGACCAAUCUGCAUUCCUUCAAGAUCCUCGACCAGCAUCUACAACUUGGCAGCGAGUUCCACAGCCGAUGGCAAGUUCUUCAGACCAAUUUUGAAGCGGAGCGGAUCAGCGAACAAGAGGAGGAUGCCGCACCUUUUUACGAGCAGAAUCCUUUCGAACUCUCCGAGGAGUUCAUACGCGAGCUCUACUCGGGUCUCAAGAGGUCGAAUAUCAGAGUUGGCCCAUUUCUGCGAGAAAUCGGUCAUGAUUUGGGUCUGGAAAAACGCAAGCAGAUCGAGAUCAAGGAGUCGGAUCUAGAGGCCAUCAACACACCGUCGGGUGAACAAUUCCUGGCCAACGGUUUGGCGAUCAUUGCUCAGAAUUGGAAUCGAUCGGACCUAAAAUAUGAGUCGGAGCACACCCUUAAGGCCAGCAUCAUUCAUUUAUUAGCCUCAAACACAUUCCACGAGCCGCUGAAUCGGUUGAAAAAAACGCUCACCGACCUCCCUUAAUUAAAGCUUGGUUGCAUCAAGACGAAUAUAUAGAUACGUUUCUACAUCUACGCACAGACAUAAACACAGACACAAUCGUACGCAUGGCAUGUUCAAAGUGGGCAGUGCUCAGGGUAGUCCCUGGGGAGGGCCACGUAUAUCUUGAGAUGUUCCACUACUUCUUUGGCCAAUUGGGGCGUGGCCGCCGCCACGAUUCCUCGCGACAUCAUGUCGAAUUCCUUGCCCGAUGGAUCCAGCACAGCUCCUCCAGCCUCGGUCACAAUCAACGCACCUAUAAGCAACCAAAAUGCACUCGAAUCAAAGACUGUUGUUCCUAAUCAUGAGCACUUGUCCCAUUUGUCCUUGAACAAAAAACAAAUGAGAGAGGACAAUUCACCUGCCGCCAUGUCCCACACGUGGAUUGAAAAAUGGAAAAAGGCAUCCCCACUGCCCGCACCCACCCAAGCAAUGUCCAAAGCCGCAGGUCCUACGUGAAAAAAAUAUUUAAAAAAAUAUUAACUACUUGAUCGGUA